UCAUUCGUUCGUACGCUUUGAACCUGUUCGCCGCGUUUGUACGUCGUGUGGUUUAGCCGUCGCUGCAACAGCUGUCAACGCUAUCAACAUCAUCGGUGGAAAUUUGUUGUACGCCGUUACCAAUUUUCUAUCUUCUUGAGCGGCGCGCGUAUUUCUGCAAAUUCAAUACCGUUUUGAAAGUGAAAGAGAAUGGUCAGAAAAUUGUAGCUGGAAUCAGCAAUCAGAAAUCAGAUUUGUUCGUUAGUCAAGAAGCAAAUAUUUCAAUACGCGCCGCGACGUGUAGUGAAUAAUAUAUAAUCAAGAGAAAAAAUAUUUUGUUAAAAUUUUAAGGUGGCUGCAUUAAUGCUAAACACCAUCAUCUAUCAACAACAGAAACUAAAAUUUCUUGAGACGUUGGAAAUUCGCCAACUUCAUUCCGCCACACAAUCUACAACGCAACGUACAUUGCGCUCAAAUAAAAUUCACAAACGCGAAAAAAAUAGCAACUUUAUUCUAUUUGCUUUUCAAAUCAAUUAAUAAUUAAAAAUAAAUAAAUAACUAAAUAGUAAUAAUUUGUGUGUAAAAAUAAAUUGAAAUACGCACCAUAAUUAAAAAAUUGAAAGAAAUCUAAUUUGGCUGAUAUACCGAGCUGAACACUCAACAAACAACAGCGAAAGUGAAAUAUAUUUUCGUUGUUUUCCUGAAACUAAAUAUAAAGUAAUAAUAAAAUUUCGCAGAAUCCAAAGCGAGCUGCUCACUGGAGUUGCAGAAUUUAUUCGCACCGGUGUUACCUUGUUAAAUAAUUUAUGUUGUCGUUCAAUUUCUCAUCAACACUGCAAGUGGACGAUUAUCCAUCUCACAGGAGAAAUUGUUUAAGGACUCUUUGUGAACAUAUUUAAAGCAGAAGAAAGUGCAUUAGCCGAAAUAAGGAUUUAUUUUUUGGUUAAUUGCUUGAACUCAAUUUGAAAAUUAGCGAAAGUCGUGUAAGGUGCAAAAAUUCGGUGAAUAUUUUCGCCGAAAGCAUUUAAAUUUUGUGCCAAGAAGUCUUAAUCGUGAUUGAAUAUUUCUGAACGACAGUUCGCGCUAGUUAGCCGUAGAAGCCCCAGAAAGAAUACAAAAAGCAGUGAGCAAUUGCUGUCAUGCAUAGAGUUGAAAACAAUUCUAAAUCAUUAAUUAUCACGAAAAUUCGCAAUUUUGCAAAUAACAAACAAAAGAAGAAACGUAGUGCAAAUUUACUUUUAUUGACAGAUGUGUACACGAAUAUAAGUGGGCAAAGUAUAAAAGUGAGAAAACAAAUAAAAUCAAUAAACGCAAACGCGAGUGACUAUACCGAUUCUAAGCAACUUCCACCAAGAACAUUUGCUGUGUCAAGCCCGUUUCAAAACAUCGAUAUCAACUUUGUUGUUUUACUUGGUUCGAGCCCCGAGUGAGACUUUGCAAAUAUAAACAGCAAUAAAUUGGGAAUACAAAACUACGAUAAAUAGUUGAAUCAGGGAAAAACGGAAAAAAGAACCGCUACCACAAAGACGAAGUUCAAAUCCAAUACUAGGAACUGAAAAUUCCAAUAGAAGAGCCAUUUGAGCUACCGCCAUACGCUAGGCAAAUCAGUGGUGGUUAUACUCUCAGGCAGACAGUACACCACAGAGAGUCAAAGUGACAUUGUAAAGGAGCAAAGUGUUUAAUCGCUUCCUGUCGUCCAACCAAAGCGUACUGUUUUUUUUUUUUUUUUUAAUUGUUUUUUUCUUGACGAGUGCAAAAAGGCGCGAAAGAAUUUUUCGGACUAUAAUAAUUGUAUUGACAAAAUUGAAAAAUAAAGUUACAUUUACUUGCAUAAGAACUUGGCAAGUGUUCAAAGUUUCCAAGAAUUAUUUGGAAGUGUAAAGUUUUAUAAUUUAAAUCUUAAUUGACAAGGUGGGUCAAGGUUAAAAGGAUAAAGGAUAACGCUCGAAGUCGCUAAAACAAACAUCCACUACUAUUUGUAUUUUACUGCAAAAGAAAGAACAGGCUGUCAAACCAUAAAUAAAGGAAAAGCAUUAGCACUUACAUCUCCGUUAUCAAGUUUUCUACUGCAAAAGUGUAUUCGCAGCAAAGCAACAAAAUUCUGCCACAACGAGCGCAGGAUCUAGAUAAUUGCGAUACCGUUUUCGAUUUGGAACCACUUGAAAGCGAAUCGAAGAUGGCCAAAAUAUUCAACACAUACAGCUCAUCGCCCAUCUUGGGCAGCAGCUAUCUAAGUGAUCAAAGCGAUGAUUACUCGCUCAUCCGUCCCGAUCCCAGUGAGUUGUUCGAGGAUCUCUUGGGCGGAUGGGGCAGCACCAUUUGGGGUGACAUACAGAAAAUGGAUAGCGGCAAUGAUUUGCCCAUUAGCGGUACACCCGAUUACGUUUCGUUCAAGACCGAAAUACGCAAUAGCGAUUGCAUGUGGUCCGGACAAUCGCAGACCGAGUUGAGCACAUCAGCCACAUCGACAGGCAGUGAUUUGGCAGUAACGCGCGCUGUACCGCUCUCUGCUGUCACCGCCAAGCCGCCACAAUUACCGGCGCCAACUGUGGUUGUGGCCAACAACAACAAAAGCAAAAUGCAAUCGAUUCAAACCAACAACCAACGACAAAAUAUUGAAAUUAAAACCGAAAUUAAAUUGGAACCAAGCGAUGACUACGAAAAACAAUUGCAACAACAUAGCAUACCCAAUAUGCGCAACGCCGCCACACCACAAACACAGUCGUCCGUGCAAAGCAUGCAACAUAUACCGCCCGGUACUUCGCUGCUCCGCAAAUCCAAUGCACCACAACACCAAAUACAACAACAACGCAAAUUGCAAAAACACCAACAAUUACAACAGAAACUCUCCACAUUGCAUUUGUCAUGCAAUAAUAACAACAACAAAUCGAGUACACAAAAUACCAACGUUGUAUCAGCCUUCGAUACAAUGACUUACGAGUUGCCGGACACUCCACCCUCACUAGACGAUGAGGCUACCGACUUCAAACAGACCAACAUCGACUUGCGCGCCUGCAUGAUGGGCAGCAAUAAUAUAUCGCUGAAUGCGGGCAUCAUCGAUAACAUCAGCAAAGAGCUGCAGGAUACGAGUAAAGAUAAAAUCAAUACACGUCUCACCUCCGGUCAUCCUGAUAUACAUGAAGUGCUUGAUGUGAUAAUGCGCGAUGAGCAUAAAUUGCUGUAUCCGGCUAAAAUGAGCGCAUCUUCCUAUUGUGAUUCUGAUGAGGAUGAGGAGAGCACAGCCAAUUCCGGUUAUGGUUCGGCGUCGUCAAUACUCGACGGUGAGCUUUCGUAUGGACGCACAUCGCCAGUACCGAGUCAAGCCUCCAGUCAAACGAGUAUGAGUCAUCAUGCCACACAAGCGCACUGUCACAGCGAUCACAGUUACACACGCUGCAAAGAAGGCAUCGACGAUCUCUCGAAUUCGGCAUAUACACCCUCGGAUUCCGAUGAGGAAAUCGACGUUGUAUCUGUCAGUGAUAAAAAGCUACCCACAAACCCCUCGGAUCGUGAUCGUCGCGCUAUCGAACACAAAGUCGGCUACCGGUUCUCAACGGGGCGUAUCGUCAAGAAUCCCAAUGGCAUACGCACCAUCCCACCACGCCGCCGCGGCUCCUACACCCUACCUUACACGCCGGCCAGCAGUAGUCCGGUCAAGUCAGUUGCUACCUCACGCUACCCUUCACCUUCCAGCACGCCGUACCAGAGCAAUACCACAACCUAUGCCAACAAGUUCAUGCAGCAACAACAGGCCAACGCACUGAGCGUCGACGCCAACGGUCACAGUCAUAUAAUCACUGGAACUGGCGAUAAAACGCGUAAACGUCUGACCGUGCACGGUAGUGUCAAUGCUGUUGAUGCCAGUCGUGACUUGGAUUAUACGCUGCCGCCGAGCAAGAAACAUCGCGGCAAGAAGUCGUUAAAGCACGGCCAUCACAGUGUUAACGGCGGUGGCGGUGUGAGUGCACUAACAGUCGCUGUCGGUGGCACUGUGCGGCGUCACUACAGUCUCGACGAGAAUUCCGAUACCAUUGAGAAACGCAAUUUGCAUAACGAUAUGGAGCGACAACGUCGCAUCGGUCUCAAGAAUCUUUUCGAAGAACUAAAGAAACAAAUACCCAGCAUUAAGGAUAAGGAGCGUGCGCCCAAGGUGAAUAUAUUGCGCGAGGCGGCGAAAUUAUGCGAAUCGCUGACGCGCGAAAAUCAGCAACUAUGUGAUACGAAAGAGGUGCUCAAAGAGCAAAUGCGCAGACAUCAAGAAUAUUUGGCGCGUUUGCGUAGCCUAAUGAGAGAUUGAUAGCCGUUAUGGGGCGUGCGGCCGGCCGUCGCGCAAGCGAAUGGUGGUGGAGAGGAUGCUGAAGGCGGCAAUGAUUUUUCCAAUACAGUCAACGAUGGUGCAGAAGUGGUGAUGAUUGCGGCCACGAAGAGGGGACGUCGACGGCGUAUUGUGCAACAACGACGUCAUCCGAAGCGUAGCAGCGGUCAGCGUGCAUGGAGAGUAGAAAAGCUUUUGAAAAUGUGAAAUCACAUUGAAAUGUUGUUAGCGUUUUAGUGUAUUAGGAGCAGCGCACACCUGCUGGGUGAAUGCGUGAAUUGUGAAAAGUAAACAUUGUUAUUGUAAAAUAUGUUUGUUUUGAGUCUGCAUACAAAGCUAAAGGCGGCAUUGCCGAAUUAGUGCGAUUACUUUUGUGCGCAAGCGCCAAAAUAUGCAAAGCGAUAAAUCGAACUAACAGAAGGCAGGCGCAGGCAGACGACAGGCUUUCAUGUGCAGGAAAGUGCAAAGCGCCGCACAGUGCAGUAGUUGGAGAUGAUGAUGAAAAUGCGGUAGUAAAAUUGUUACUUGAAGAAAGUUCUUGCAAAAAUUUGUUUAAUAUUUAUAACAUUUAAUGAUGAUAAACAAUUCAGAUCAUUAAUUUUAAUUAGAUACUACUAAACUUGCUAUUAUAACUAUUUGCUAUUAAUUAAUCGAUUUUGUUAAAACGUAGGUGAUAAGUCAACAAUUUGAAACACUGAGCGCAUACAAGAAGGAAAAAAAAGAAAAAACAAAAACUUAGUAAUGGAAGAAUUAGAAUUGACGCUGAACAACAACCCUUUCUACUGAAAGCUUUUAAAAUAAUUGUUCUUUUUUUUUGUUUUCCUAAUAUGCGUGCAUACUUACAUACAUGUAUGUGUGUAUAUGUAAGUAUGUAUUUAAAUUACAAUUCGUAACAACUAAUUGAUUAUUUCUGAGAGUGCUAGGGCGUGUGAGUUAUUUGUGAGGGUAGCAGAAAAGGCAUCCUAAUGUGCGUGCUAUUUUGUGCAACUCUUCACGCACUCACCCUGCUGCAAGUCCACGCACUUGAAUUUGCCCUCUUUUUUGGCAAACGAAAAGCCGGCACUCUGUCUGCCCUUUGCGGCUUUAGCGUUGCAAACAAGUCCAAUUUUGCUUCCAUUGCAAUGCCUAUUAGUUAAUAGUUUUUUAUAUAAUAUUUUUUUUAUUGAAAUUACUAUAUACAUACAUACUUACAUACAUUUGUACAUUUUAAAUUUUUGUGAUAUCAUUUUUCUUAACCAAAACAAACAAUAAACUACUUUAAGUUUUAGGGAAACAAAAAGGAAAAAAAAACAAAAAAUGUGAAAAAACAACAAAUAAACUAAUGACUUGAACUUGAGAA